AUGGCCGAAGCAAUCCUCUUUGGUCUUGCGCGGAAAAUGAUUGAAAAUCUAGGCUCUCAGACUUUCCAAGAGUUUGGAUCACUUUGGGGUGUCGAAGGUGAGCUUGAAAAACUCAAGGACACUGUGUCCACAAUCCAUGCAGUACUUCAGGAUGCUGUGGAGCAGCAAAAUCAUAACCAUCAAGUCAAGCACUGGCUUGAAAAGCUCAACGAUGCAGUCUAUGAUGCAGAUGACUUGUUGAGUGAGUUCUCAACUGAAGCUACAAGGCGAAGCAUGGUGAGUGGGAAUAAAGUCGCAAAAGAGGUACGCACUUGCUUUUCAUGUUCAAACCCACUCGCUUUUCGUUAUAAGAUGAGUCGUAAAAUAAAGGCGAUGAGGCAAAAACUAAAUGCGAUAGCAGAAGACAAGAAAAACUUUCACCUGAAAGAAUACCAUGUAGAGCCAAAAGCAGUGAGGGAACCAACUCACUCAUUUGUACGUGAAGAAGAAGUUAUUGGGAGGGAAGAGGAAAAAAAGGCUAUCAUAGAACUAUUAUUGGACUCCAAUGUAGAAGAGAAUGUUUCAGUCAUUCCCAUUGUGGGGAUAGGGGGAUUAGGGAAAACUACACUUGCUCAAUAUGUGUACAAUGAUGAGAAAGUCAAAAAUAAUUUUGAGUUAAAAAUGUGGGUAUGUGUUUCUGAUGUCUUUGAAUUGAAAAGUAUUAUUGAAAAGAUAAUAAAAUCUGCUAUAGGUGAUGCACCUAGAAAUCUUGAAAUGGAUCAAUUGCAAAUUCAACUUCGUGAAAAAAUUGAUAGAAAGAAAUACUUACUUGUAUUGGAUGAUAUAUGGAAUGAAGAUCGUGAAAAAUGGCUUAACUUGAAAAAUAUUUUAAUGGAUGGUUUGAAAGGAAGUAAGAUUGUAAUAACCACUCGUAGUAAAUUGGUUGCAAAGAUUACACACACAGAUUCAUCAUAUAUUAAUCUCAAAGGUCUCUCCAAAGAGCAGUCUUGGUUUUUAUUUGAGAAAGUGGCAUUUAGCAAAGGGCAGGUGACAAAUAAUCCUACACUAAGGGAAAUUGGAUUGGAGAUUGUUAAAAUAUGUCAAGGUGUACCCCUUGCCAUAAAGUCUAUAGGACAUAUGUUAUACUGUAAGGAAACAACAUUUGAGUGGUUAUUCGUGAAGAAUAAUUUACUAGAAAAUGUAACUCUAGGGAAUGGGAUUUUACCUAUUUUAAAGUUGAGUUAUGAUCAUCUUCCAUCACAUUUAAAGAGUUGUUUCACUUAUUGCUCUUUGUUUCCUAAAGAUUAUGAGAUGGAUAAGGAAACGAUUAUACAACUAUGGAUAGCACAGGGGCUUAUCCAAUCAUCAAACAGAAACCAACAAUUAGAGGAUGUUGGAGAAGUGUAUUUUAAAGAUUUACUUUGGAGGUCGUUCUUUGAGGAAGUAGAGACUUACGAAGGCUUAAGAUAUAAGAUGCAUGAUUUAAUUCAUGAUCUUGCAGUAUCUGUUGGAGGAGAUGAGUGCAAACUCAUUGGUUUUGGUGGCAAAAAUAUUAAUGAAAAGAAUCACCAUAUAUCAUGUCCAUUGUCUAUUGGCUUAUCUACUGAAACUCUAAGGUUGUUGGUUAAAGCAGUCAAGCUACGUACAUUUCUUCUAACAUGUGAUAAGCAUGAAUUUGGUGGCUUGGAGGAGUCAAUGUUUAAUACAAUUAUUUUGAGUUUCAAAAGCUUGCGUGCAUUAGAUUUGCAUGGAUUGAGGAUUACAAAAGUGCCAAAUUCUAUAGGGAAUUUAAUACAUAUAAAGUACCUCGAUCUUUCUUUCAAUGAGAAAAUUGAAACUCUCCCCGCUUCAAUUACUACACUAUUGAAUUUGCAAACAUUAAAACUUUGUAGUUGUGAACGUCUUAAAGAAUUACCCAUAGACAUUAGAAAAAUGGUGGAGUAG